AUGCCAUUGCCAAACAAGGAAGGACAAGACAAACUUACGAAGGACAAGCAGGUGAUUGGGAAAAGUCAACAUGUUUUUAUGAAGGGGCAGUCAUGCUUGACCAACCCAAAAGACUUCUGUGAUGAGAUGACUGCCUUCAGGAAUGUGGGGAAAGCAGAUGAUGUUGUUUAUCUCAAGUUUAGCAAGGAGUUCAGUACUGUUGCCUAUAAUGUCAUACACAAACUGAUGAAGUAUGGGCUAGCUUUUGCUGUAAGUGAAGGUGCAGAAGAUAAGACUGAAGUACCAGUGCUGCAGGAGUCUGAGAAAAGUGGAACAAUUAGUAAAAUAAGCAGAGAAUUAAAAGAAAUUGUAUUUAUCAUCCAGAGUCAAAGUAAUUCUUUUCAUUCCAAGAGAGCAGAAGAUCUAAAAAGAGAUAUUUUAAAACAGGCUGCAGAUCUUGGAAAGGAAUUACCUACGGUUCUGCUUAUUCAUCAGAUGGAUGGGCGUGAAGGUGCAUGGACAAUAUUACCAUUAAUGAGAGACUUCUCUGUUACCUAUGGUAGGAACUCCUCAUGGAUUUUCUUCUGUGAAGAAGAUACAAGAAUACAAGUUGUAAAGCUGCUAGAAACACUUGGAAGAUUUGACGGGUCUAAGGAGUGGUUUUUAGGUAAAGCAUUAUAUGAUGAAGAAUCUACAAUAAUUCACCAUUAUGCCUUUGCUGAAAAUCCUACAGUCUUUAAAUUCCCAGAUUUUUCUGCUGGUUGGGCGCUUAGCAUUCCACUUGUUAACAAGCUUGCAAAGAAAUUGAAAAGUGAACCACUCAAGUCAGACUUUACAAUAGAUUUAAAGCAUGAGAUUGCCCUGUAUAUUUGGCAGAAAGGGGAAGGACCACAUCUUACUCCAGUGCCUGAGUUCUGCACAGAUGAUGUGAACUCGUAUAAGGUUGAUCAUUGUGCAACAACAUUCAGUAAUUUUCUGCCACUUUGUGGAGAGCCGGUGAAAAAGGAAGAUAUCUUUGUUGCUGUAAAAACAUGUCAGAAAUUUCAUGCAGACAGAAUACCAGUUGUAAAGCAGACUUGGGAACGAGAAGCUGCCCUUAUUGAAUACUACAGUGAUUACGCAGAUAUCUCCAUUCCUACUAUAGAUUUAGGCAUACCUAAUACUGACAGAGGUCACUGUGGGAAAACUUUUGCCAUUUUGGAAAGGUUUUUGAAUAAUAGUUCUCCCAGAACUCCUUGGUUAGUCAUAGUGGAUGAUGACACGCUGAUAAGUAUCUUCAGACUCCGAAAAUUGCUCAGCUGCUAUGACCCAAAUGAACCAGUAUUUCUUGGAGAGCGUUACGGCUACGGCUUGGGAACAGGAGGAUAUAGUUAUAUCACUGGUGGAGGAGGGAUGGUUUUUAGCAGAAUAGCUGUGCAGAAACUACUUGCCAGUAAAUGCCGGUGUUACAGCAUGGACGCGCCUGAUGAUAUGGUCCUUGGGAUGUGUUUCAGUGGCUUAGGAAUCCCUAUAACACAUAGUCCACUUUUCCAUCAGGCAAGGCCAAUGGACUACCCAAAAGGCUACCUUUCUCACCAAAUUCCAGUAUCAUUUCACAAGCAUUGGAAUAUUGAUCCAGUGAAGGUGUAUUUUACGUGGCUGGCACCAAACACAGAAGAGUCACUUAAUGGAAAAAAAGUUGGGUAUAACAGAGAGGAUUUAUAA